GUUUUCACUGGUUUCGUUGUUUAUAAUGGAAAAACAAAUGCUGAUGUCAGCUGUCCUUCGUUAUUUUCGCGCUGUCGUCUUGCUGCUGCUGGUCACCUAUGGCUGCCCGCUGGUUAGAUCUUCUCUGGCUGCCUCCAAUGCGCUGCACAACCUGGGCGACUUCACUUACCCGUACGGCAGCAUCUUCUCCCCGCUGCUCAAAGCCCUGUCAGAGCACGGAGGGCCGAGGUGGAACCCCGGCCUGAAGAAAAAGGUGAAACCCGAGCAGAGGUACAUGAAAUAUCUGACCGAGGUUUACAAGAAGUCGUCCAGGGUGCAGAGGAGUUUGGACGGGAGUAAAAUCUACAACACAGUCCGACUGAUCAAGCCACAAGAUGAAUGUCUUGCACAAAGUAAUAAAGAAAUCUUUAUGCAGGAUCUUUCCUACAGUCUUGAUCAAGUGAGAAGAAAAGAACAGCUUCUAAAGUCGGCUCUGCUGUACAAUUAUGACCAUGACCUUGCAGCACCCAUGAACUCUGUGUGCUACCUGAGUGUCAAGGACGAGGAGCAGUCAAACCAGUGUCCGCUGUGUCCUGUAGUCCACCACGCUGUGAACUUCACAGCCGACGCUGAUGGGAGGAGCAGGAGGAAUUGGGUGGAGGUUGACGUCACCUCAUUUGUCCAGCCUAUAUUAAAGAUACAGAAGAAAAAUAUACACCUGUUCGUCAAUGUCACCUGCCCAGAGGAACAAAGAGCCAGGGGCGCUGGGCAUAAAGGCCCACCGGAGCUCACCCUGAGGCCCCCUCCUCUGCUUCUUUAUCUCAAUGACACCAGCAAAAUCCCCCACCAGAGGUUACUGGUCAAUACCAAACCAGGUGAAAGGCCAAGCAAUGCAGCUAACUCAUUUCACAAGGAGAUGGUGCUCAAACCAGAAAAGAGGUUUGGGCGCAAGAGGAGAUGGAAGAGGGAAUCUCCAAAGAGCAAACGAGGUGAUAAAAGCCUGGACAUCCACCUGCCUGAGCUUCUGCCGAGCUCUGAAUUCCCGACAAGCGAUUGUGCCUUGUAUGAUUUUAGGGUGCGAUUCAGCCAGCUCAAACUGGAUCACUGGAUUGUUUUUCCUCCAAAGUAUAACCCCAGGUACUGCAGAGGCAUCUGCCCGAGGACCAUGGGCUUCAUCUACGGUUCACCUGUCCACACCAUGGUGCAGAACAUCAUCUACGAGAAGCUUGACUCCUCUGUGCCCAGACCCUCGUGUAUUCCCUCCCACUACAGCCCACUGAGUGUCAUGAUCUUCGAAGAGGAUGGAUCCUAUGUCUACAAGGAGUUUGAAGACAUGGUUGCCACCAGGUGUACAUGUCGCUAAGCCAGCUAUCAACAUAUGUCUGUGUUUUUUCCCCUCUUUUUGCAGGCUGGAUAGAACAUCAACACAGUGCCCUUCAACAAUCACCACCGGUGGACUCUACCUCCAAGUGUCUCCUCAUUAUCCAAGUAUCAAAUAUUCUGGCCAGGCUCAGUGAUUUCAUGAAUUUAUAAAAUCGUUGUGCAUGAUCUGGAGCAGGUGUGUUUACUUAAACAAAAAGUAUUUUAUCCUAAUGAAAAAUGUGGAAGCGUGACAUUUAUUUCCUUUUUGUUAAGGCGUGAGAAGAGAGGGUGCAAAUGCAUCCUGUUGUUCAACUUACCGUCUGGUACUGAGUCUGACACACUUGAAGAAGAAAAGGUGUGACGUAUGAUUUGUAUGAUUUUUUUAAGUUAAUUUUUUUGUUAACUUAUUUUGGGUGGGUGGUCUGUCAUUAUUCUUUAAUUUAACACAAUUGCCAAGUUUUAAGUAGCCCUGUUGUGGACAAAAGAUGAAAAAGCAGUCACAAACCCUUCUCAAACCUUUUACAUAUCGUUUUAUUCAUGGGGAUAACAGACAGCUGUCUGAACGGGCACCUGUCUUCAUAAUGUCCAGAAUGAAAGUUGUCAAGGUUUCAGUGUAUAUUUAUUACUUCUGGUCACUGAGUGACUGCAUACAUAAUGAACUGACUGCAUGUUUCUGACUUUGUACUGGUUGAAUGUGACUAAAUGCAUGUCAUGUCUAUUUAUGCAAAUUGAAUGAAUUCACUGUGUGUCUGUGCUCAGCUCA